CCGAGGCGCGUCAGAGGUGGCGAUGUGGCUGAAUCCGGAGGAGGUGCUGCUGAAGAACGCGCUGAAGCUGUGGCUCCAGGAGCGCUCCAACCGGUACUUCGUCCUCCAGCGCAGGCGAGGCUAUGGCCAGGAAGGCGGAGGAGGAGGAGGCAUCGCCGGCCUCCUGGUGGGGACGCUGGAUGCUGUCCUGGACUCCACAUCAAAAGUGGCCCCUUUCCGCAUCCUGCACCAAACACCAGAUUCCCAAGUCUACUGGACCAUUGCCUGUGGAUCCAGCCGAGAAGAAAUAACAGCUCACUGGGAGUGGCUAGAGCACAAUGUCAUGAACACUCUGUCUGUGUUUGAUUCUAAUGAGGACAUCACUAGCUUUGUGCAUGGGAAGAUCAGAGGUUUGAUCGCUGAGGAAGGCAAAGGAUCUUUAAUAAAAGAGGAGGAUCCAGAAAGAUUCCGUGAGGCCCAUAUGAAAUUCGAGAAGUGUUUUGGGCUAGCUGAACAGGAGAAGCUGGUGACGUACUAUUCAUGUAGCUAUUGGAGAGGCCGGGUACCCUGCCAGGGGUGGCUGUACCUGAGCACCAACUUCCUUAGCUUUUACUCCUUUCUUCUGGGAGCUGAAAUAAAACUUGUAAUAUCCUGGGAUGAAAUCUCAAAGCUUGAAAAGACAUCGAAUGUCAUCCUAACUGAGAGCAUCUAUGUCUGCUCCAGGGGGGAGGAUCACUAUUUUUCCAUGUUUCUGCACAUCAGUGAAACAUUCCUUCUCAUGGAGCAGCUGGCGCUGUAUGCUGUUCGCAGACUUUUCGACAAGGAGACCUUUGAAGGUGACCCAGUCCUCCAUGAUCCCUUGCAGAUCACCAAGAGGGGCCUUGAGAGCAGAGCCCACAGCGAGCAAUUCAAUGCCUUCUUCAGGUUACCCAAGGAGGAGUCUUUGAGGGAAGUGCAUGAGUGUUUCUUAUGGGUGCCUUUCAGCCACUACAAUACUCUGGGGAAAAUGUGUAUUUCUGAAAAUUACAUCUGCUUUGCCAGCCAAGAUGGCUCCUUGUGCUGCAUCAUCAUUCCACUGAGAGAGGUUGUAGCAGUCGAGGUGACUGACCCUACAAGCAAAGCAAUCAGCAUCGCUACCAAAGGAAAAAGAGCCUUCCGUUUCUCAGAAGUGAGGGAUUUGGAGCACCUGGUGCCAAAGCUGAAGAACAGAUGUAAUGCAGCACUGAGCCUUCAGCACAGUGUGAGUGCAGAGGUCUCCAUCAGCCCAAACCCUGAGUCUGUCUUGGAUGAUUACGAGGGGCAACCAAUGGCAAACCACAAGGGCAACAGCAAGAUGGUUAGCACGGAAGCCCUUAUGACUGUCUUUCACCCUCAGGAUGCAGAAAAUCUAGAUGUUAAAAUGUUAAAAGAAAAAAUGAAAGAACAGUCCUGGAACAUCCUUUUCGUUGAAUGUGGUCAUGGAGUAGAUAUGUUUCGGACGAGGAGAACUCGAGACCUGAUCGUCCGAGGGAUCCCUGAGGUGUUAAGAGGAGAACUGUGGCUUCUCUUCUCAGGUGCUGUGAAUGACAUGGCUACCAAUCCUGGAUAUUACACGGAGCUGGUGGAGCAGUCUUUGGGCACAUGCACUUUGGCAACAGAUGAAAUAGAAAGGGAUCUACGCCGCUCCUUGCCUGAACACCCAGCUUUCCAGAGUGAUACUGGCAUUUCUGCCCUCCGGAGGGUGCUCACCGCAUAUGCCUACAGGAACCCCAAGAUUGGCUAUUGCCAGGCAAUGAAUAUCUUGACAUCUGUGCUGCUGCUGUAUGCCAAGGAGGAAGAAGCUUUUUGGCUCUUGGUUGCUGUGUGUGAAAGGAUGUUACCUGAUUAUUUCAAUCGGCAGAUCAUUGGUGCUUUGGUAGAUCAGGCAGUGUUUGAGGACCUUAUCAGGGACCACCUGCCCCAGCUGACGGAGCACAUGACAGACAUGACAUUCUUCUCUUCUGUCUCCCUCUCCUGGUUCCUUACUCUCUUCAUCAGUGUGCUUCCCAUUGAGAGUGCUGUCAAUGUAGUGGACUGUUUCUUCUAUGAUGGGAUAAAGGCCAUUCUGCAGCUGGGCCUGGCAGUGCUGGACUACAACAUGGACAGGCUGCUGACCUGUAAGGAUGAUGCAGAAGCUGUAACAGUCCUCAACAGGUUUUUUGACAGUGUCACCAACAAAGACAGUCCUCUGCCUCCAGCGGUGCAGCAGGCUUCUGGUGUGAAUGAAACGAAAUGCCAGUACCCCAAAGUGGAUAUCACAGAUCUGAUUCGAGAGUCAAAUGAGAAAUAUGGCGAAAUCAGAUUUGAGGAAGUGGAAUGCAUGCGCCGCCGUAACCGUCUAUAUGUCAUCCAGACCCUGGAAGUUACUACAAAGCAAAAUGUGCUGCGUGUUGUCUCCCAGGAUGUGAAAAUCAGUCUCGGCAACCUUGAGGAGCUUUAUGAAAUAUUCAAGAAAGAGCAUUUUCUCUCUUGCUACUGGACUGUGAACAGUCCAGCCCUGAAGCAUCAUGACCCCAGUCUGCCCUACCUGGAGCAAUAUCGCAUCGACUGCCAGCAGUUCCGAGUCCUUUAUCACCUCCUCAGCCCCUGGGCAAGCUGUGCAAACAGGGACUCCCUUGCAUUGUGGACCUUCCGACUGCUAGAUGAAAAUUUAGAUGGCCUUAUCAACUUUAAAGAAUUUGCCAGCACGCUUGAUAUCAUGUAUCAUGGAAGUUUUACCCAUAAACUGAAGCUACUUUUCAAACUGCACAUACCUCCAGCUUUCACCGAAGUGGAGUCCCUGAGUCCUUCUAAAGGUGCUCAACUGUCUAAAGAAGAGUUGAUCCACUUGAGCCAAUUAAACAUUUCUUCUCCUGGGGACAGUGUGGAUGCAGAUGUGUUGAAGAUGAGCCCAGAAAAAGGGAAAGGAAAAGUUGAUAUCCAGGCAUAUUUGAAGCAGUGGCAAGAUGAAUUGCUUAAAAAGGAAGAAAGCAUCAAAGAUCUGCCCCGAAUGGGCCAGUCCCAGUUCAUCCAGUUUUCAAAGACUUUGUAUAACUUGUUCCAUGGGGACCCAGAGGAGGAGCUCCUGUAUCGUGCCAUUGCCACUGUUACCAGCCUCUUGCUGAGGAUGGAGGAGGUAGGCCGAAAACUUCAGAGCCCCACUUCACCGGUCAAGAGCACAGCUCCUCCAGUGGCUGACAAUAAUGCAGAAGAUGGAAACAAUCUCCAGGAAGUUCAGCCUACGCCACAGACUGAUAGCCUGGCAUUUCAGAGCCCGAGCAAAGCCAGCAAUGAGUGGUCCUUUGCUUUUGAGCAGAUUCUCGCCUCUUUAAUGAAUGAACCUGCUUUGGUGAGGUUUUUUGAGAAACCCAUAGAUGUCAGAGCCAAGUUAGAAGAUGCUAAAGCUUCUCAGUUAAAAGCAAGGGCCCGGGUAUAGCACUUCCUUGCCUGUGGUCUUUCUCUUUCCCUCUUUGUCCUGUAUGCAGCUGCUCAGGAUCAAGAGGCAUUUGUAUGCUUGGUGUAUAUUGAAUUUCUGUGAGGAGGUUGGGAUUGAGGAUUUAGCUCAAAGUCCCUUGUAUGAUGGGUUGUUUAUGUUUUUGCAGAGUUAAGUAAAGUAUAGCUUAAAGCACAGUUGCACCUAAUUUUUGCAUUUUAGUACACUUGGAGGCUUAAAGCACGCCAACCAACACAUGCCCACUUGGACAGGAACUUUAAGCCUGGCCUGUCAAGGGCACAGAUGUGCAGAAUGUCCCAGGUUGUUGCUUUACCAAGCUACAGUUCUAUGUCUCCUACACUGAAUGUAAUGUCUGCCACAUUCCCUUAAAAGUGGUAUAGAUGUUCUAAUGUAAGCCUGGGUGAAUUUUCCAAAGAAUCACUCCUUUCACUUUGAACUUAGGCCUGCUCAGUGCUUUGGGUAGUCAGUUGAGUGAGGCUUAGAGUAUGUAGAUGGAUCUGUCAUUAUUGUUACUAUAUUUAAAAUUAUAGCUCCUGGAGAUAGACUUGGAAGAGCUCCAUAUUACUGCUUGAGAACCUACUUAUUUUCCUAUCGGUAUGAUGUCUAGCUAGAGCUUGAAAUAAUUACUGUUUUGUAUUACAGCUUCUGUAGUCUCCUUGGUCUGGGAGAUGUAGUUCACAAGAGUAGCUUUCUCAAGCUUAAAUCUGAUGCUGUAUUUCCUGAGCAAUUGUUUUGCUCAGCUGUUUUGAUUUCCUUAUCUUUCUGCCUUAAUUUGAUGCAAUUCACACAGUACUUCAGUGCCAUGGAAGACAUGUAGUGGUGGUCUCCGUCCAAAAUCCAUGCAGGUGACUUGUGGAAAAAAUAAUACGACUGCGUGGUUCCUUUCCGUGUGGACAUCAUCUGGAGGAGCCAGCAAUGAAAUCAGAAGGAACCCCAACAAUCAACCUGCUUUCUAGUCCCUGCAUAUGGACAUCAUUGAACCAGAUCAGGGAGAGCUUAUCUUGAUGCUCUGGUGAUGCGUGAAUUGAGUUUUGGGCAAGGAGCUUCCUUUUUGAGGUAGAAACCAGCAGCCAUGAUAGCAUGUAAUGGGACUGCUUGGUAACAGAGUUUGAACAACACUUUAAAAUUUAUUAUAAGCUAAGUUGUGUAAAUGCUUCCUUAUGCUGUCCACAGGCUCUUCACAGGUGUUUAUGACAAAAGUAUAACUGCUAAUGAAAUGUUACCAUGCUUAUAGGUGUUGUUAAAAAUUCACUUUGCUUCCCCCCUUUUUCCAAAACAAUCCUAAAUCUUCCAGCAAGGCUUCCCCACCCCAACAGAGCUAGCUGAGCUGUUUUAGUUGAAAAGGCUAUUCCAAGCUACUGGUAGAGAAGAAGAGGCUAAUAGAGAAUACAAAUCUAAUUUAAAACUGGUCUAUGGUGUAUGAAACGGGAGCUUUUGGAGCAGUUCAUCCACUGGGUGCAGGCAGUUUGUCCUUUCCUGCUACAUUCCUUGGUGCACAACAACAGUUUUGGGCAGGGAAGCUUCCCAGAAUAGCUUUGUCUCUGUGGUGGUGGUGUUGUGUGCCUUCAAGUUGUUUCUGAUUUACAGCAACCCUAAGGCAUUUCCUUGGCAAGAUUUGUUCAGAGGGGGUUUGCAGUUGCCUUCUUCUGAGGCUGAGAGAUUAUGACUUGUCUGAGAUCACUCAAUGGGUUUCUAUGACUGAGCAGGGAUUCACAUCCUGAUCUCCAGCAUUGUAGUCAAAUGCUUGGACCUGGGUGUGUGCCAAAUGCCCUUGUGUACCUGGGGGAGAAAGAGCAGCCUCUGCCUCUCAGCAUAAAGCUGUGUUUUUUUAAAAACCUGGAUGCUUUAGAAAAGGUGAGGCUCACCUGGGCCCAUCCCAGCAGCUGAACAUUGGUGGUGGGAGUGAACAGACCAAGCUGUGCCAUGUAGCUUCUCAACUGCUGUUGCACAGCCAGGGCCGAGGGAGUUGCAAAAAGAGGUACUGAAAAAUGCCAUGGUUUUUCUAUGCAUGUUGUAUCAUGUGUUGCAUGGAGGUUCUAUCCUGGAAUCUUGCAGGAGCAAUUGUUACGUAUGCGGAAUGACCAACAUAAGUAUGCAGCAUAAUGCUGGCUGUACUUCAGCUUUUUAUCAUUACUUACAGAGGUACCAGGCUUUUGUUUUUGUCUCUCUUGAGCACAGAUAGUUUUUUGAGCCAUUUGAAGUAUGCUGUCUUUAUGCAUCUAGCAAGUGAUGGUCCAUGGCGAUGAUGCAUGUACAAAGCUAACACUUGCUAUCUGGUCAAGCCAGGAAUGAGGAGAAAGAUUAACUGUUGCUUUUAGGCUUGCAGAAAGGACCGAAAAAGAGAAAAGGAACCAAGUUACCUGGACCCAUAAAUCAGGAUGCUGUACAAGGUUUAAGUUUAACUCGGUGGCUGUUCUCAGACUAUACUGCAAACUGGGUGUGCCACUUCGUGCUAGAAAAGGCCUUUCCUAGAAGAAGUGUCAGGCUAAAUUCUAUGCAAAUAAACAAGCAGUUGGAUGCCUAAGUCACCUCUUAAAACAGGUUAUUCUUGCAAGGGGAAACAGGCAUUCAAAUAACAGCUCUCACAAAAUGUCAAUAUUGGGUGUGCCUGUAGUUAGUAAUAAGAUAUAUUCAUAUGAUGGCCCUUUGUGUGUUUUGUCUUCUCCCCCCCCCCCCCCAUCUUCAUGGAAGGGUCAGCGAUGAGGCAGAAAUAUCCUCUGCCAUAAUAUCUUUGUGCAGCUUUCCCCUCCGUCAGUUGGCUCAAAUCAAGAUGAGUCAAAACUUACUUUAAAACUUAAGCUUUAAAAGUGCUCCUGCCUUGAGUUCCACUUGUUCCAAAGUUGGUGUUUUGCAAACUCUGUUAAUUUACUCAAAUCCAGUUUUUUCCCUUUUGACUGUUUUGAAGACAUUGUUCUCCAGGAAACCAUACCAGGAUUGACCUGGUAACUGCAUGCACACUCACAAGAGAGGCUUUCCAUUUUGCCUUGGCAAGAAGCAUUUGGACUGGUAUUUUUCCAUUCCUGCAGCACAGCAAGAUUGUGGGCUGGACUUUUACCACAUUAGACUCUCUAUGCAUUUAGAAUAUUUUCUGGAUUCUAGCCUAACAAUUCUCCCUAAUGUGAAAGUUUGCUACUUUGAAGGAAUUUUAUUAUUUUUUACAUAGGAGAAUUACUUGCCUUCUGAAAGUGAAAUACACUGUUCCCCUGUCACAUCCUAUUUCAUUCUUGGGGGUUUUUUUUACCCUAAGUCUCUGGGUUCCUUACUCUGGAUAAAAACAAAUAUAUUUAUUUAAACGUGCAUUGGAUGCCUCCUCUUCCACUCCUAUCCCUAGUAAAUGAAAUUCCAUUUAUUAAAUAGAACAUGCGACAUGUCCGGUACCCUGGAUUGGUAGGAUAAAGACAGAUGUUGGAAACAUUUCCCAUGGAAAAGGAUUUCUUCUGAUUUGUUUUGUAAACUUGUUCUUAGGACUGAAUGCUUGUAAAGUUGUUGGUGUUUGUUUUGAGGAUAAUUUUUUACCACUGUCCUUGCAUUGAAAGUUGGGGUGAAGAUGGAUUUGUUUGAUUACAGUAUUUGUGCCUUGCUGUCUCUUUCCACAAACCCAUCCUUUGCUAAAUUGUGGCUCUUGUCUCAAUUUGCAUUACAUCUCUGAUGUGAUUGCUGAUGUACAGUUGGCCCUCCAUAUCCAUGGAUUCUUUAUCAAUGGAUUUGACCAUCCAUGGCUUGAAAUAUUUUUUUAAAAAAAAUCCACAAUGCAAGCCUUGUUUUUGUCAUUUUAUAUA